GCCCGAUCAUCUGCUACUCUACUACGACGCCCAUGACAUCGAACCAGACUGAAUUCGUUGGAUGGACACCAUCACCAGACGGAAGAGGCACCUACGAUAUCAUAGUGACAUGCCUAGUCACGACAUUUUUAUGCUGUUGGACCUCGGUUUAUCCCAACAUUCCCGCGCCGGAAGAUGGUUUUUGGAGCUCGAUUAGAGAUAAACUUGGACUUGCAUGCUUGGGAUUGCUUGGACCUGAGUUUAUUAUAGUGUUGGCUAUUGGGCAGAAAUCUUCAGCUCGGAGAUCUGUCGCGAAAUUCAAGCAAGCAGGAUAUACAAAAUGGACCAUCACGCAUGGCUUUUUCGCCGAUAUGGGUGGAUUUGUGCUUUCGGCUAACGGUCUCGAACGACCGAUACCUCUUAACGCCGAACAGCUAUUUUACCUUAUUAAAAAAUCGUAUGUUAAUUACCCUAAGAUCAGCGACGGUGAGCUCAAAGAUAGGAAUAAGUCUGAUGGACUAGCAAGACUUAUAACCCUCUGGCAAGGGACUUGGUUCGUCAUAACCUUUAUCGCGCGACUGAUUCAAGGACUUCAUGUGACAACCAUGGAGCUCACAGCAGUUUCAUUUGUUAUUAUUCUCUUUGGAACAGCAUGGUGCUGGAAAGACAAGCCAUCUGAUGUAGGGACGACAAUUACUGUCCCCUGCCUUACCACGAUGGAAGACAUAUUGAUACGCGAAGGACGUAGUCCGGAUCAGCCAUACUACCAAACCCCAUUCGACUUUAUCAGCAGAGACGAAACAGCAUUGAACCUCGCUUGGCAAUAUUACAACGAACUCUCGCGCAAGAUCCUCUUCUCUCCAUUCUCACGACGCGUCAAAAAAUUCCCAUGGGACAGGAAUCCCGGCGACAUAUUCCUCCGUAUGGACUUUGAUCUAGAACUAGUCGGUGUCGCAUUCAUCUUCGUCUUCAGCGCCGUCUUCCUAGGUGCAUGGAACUUCUCCUUUCCCAGCACCGUAGAAAGAGACUUUUGGCGCGUAGCUAGUGUCUACAUGCUAGCUUAUGGCAUGUUUGGUGCGCUCUGGAUGGAAUUGUGCAUGUGGAUCUUCAUACCGCAGUAUCGACUUGCUGAAGGUCUGGAAUUGAGCCUUGUUGAGCAGGACCUAGAUCAAAGACCUCAUCCGGUGAGAAACUGGCACUAUAGGUUCCAGAACUGGAGAAGGAGUCGGUUUAGCAAGAUCCGAGGUACCAGAGAUUCUGAUGGAGAAGGACUGACAUCGCAACAACCGAAGAAGGGCAUUUUUGCUUUUCUGAGUAGGUCUUAUAACAUUUCGCAGGGCAACGAUCCUCACUUGGGCGUUCAGGUCGGAUUUCUGAUAGUCACGUCUUUCCUGUGCGCCUCUUACUGUGUGUUUCGGGUAUUCAUCUUUGUUGAAGAUUUCAUUGGGUUGAGAGCGCUACCGCAAAGUGCUUACCAAACGGUGGAAUGGGCAGAGUUCAUCCCUCAUAUAUAG